CCACCCAAGAGAGAGAAGACGACGGACAAACCGACCAGAAUUAUUGUGCCACGCCACGUACCAGAAUCCACAGCAUCCGCCACCACCGUCCGUCCCCACGAAACCGUCCAAAACCAUCGAAUCCAGCCCAUAAACACCGUCCUCCGUCCCUGAUCCCCACGCGGAUCUCCCAAUUCCGCAGCCAACCUCCCACCGGCGGCCGCCGCCGAUGGAAUCCUAACACCAGAGACCACCCCCACCCCAGCCCAGCAGAUCCACCUCCAUGGAGACCGAGCGGACCCGGGAGCUCCUCCUCCUCACGCUCCGCGCGCCGCGCUCCCGCCUUGCCCUCGUGGGUGGCAACCACACCGCCGCCCGCUUCUGCACCCGCUAAGUUCGCCUCCUCCCUCCCCCUCCGCGCCGGCCUCCUCUUCCCCGCCGUUCCAAAGGGUAAAACUAAACGCUCUUGCUCAACCCACGCAAACGAUGCCAGGCGACAGCGUCGUGAUCCGGCUCCCCGACCCGCGCGCCCUCCGCGUGGUCGCGCGAUCCGUGCUCCUCGCCGUCGCGUUGCUCUCCCUGCCCUGGCUCCGCGCCGCCGAGGCGCCCGCCCGCCGCCGCGCCAGGGACGCGUGCGGCACCGCGGCGGCCCAGGCGGAGCUCCUGGUCCGCGACAUGCGGCGCGAAGGCCUACUAGCCCCCGGCGCGCGCGCCGUUGUCCUCGGCGCCGAUGGCGACUGCGGUGCUCCUGCCCCGAAGGAGGACGAGGUCAAUACCAUGCGACCCGUCUCGCUGCGGCGGAUGCUGAUGAUAGGGGACUCGUCACUGGACUUCUUGCUGGAUUUCGGGUUCUUCGACGAGGAGGGCGAUAGGUUCGCCUUCGCCGAUCGGGUGCUCAAGUAUGGCGGCAUCAUCGCAGCACCAAUUGGCUCAUUGAGCGUGUUCAGCUUGCCACAGAACUACCGCAUCAUCUACAUCAGUACGUUUGCUGAGACUGUUGUUGGGAUCAAGAAGAUUGCCCAUGCCGGCGACAACGGCAAUGCUAGCACCGGAAUGGAGUUGCCAUCACCAGGUACCACCGGAAUGGAGUUGCAGAAUCCAGGACUGCUUUCCGGUCAGCUAGCUGAGUCUGCCAACGGUGAAUUCAAGAACAUUGGGAGGAAGCUCUUACUGUCUGACAUCACUGAAUAGAUGAUCCAUCAGGAUCAGAGUGGAUUCUGCAGCUUUUAUGGAAUGCGAAGAAGCCGCAGCCUGCUAGAUAAGCUGCUCCAGGAGGGUAGGAGCAGCAGCAGCAGAGUUGCCUGCGGAGCAUUGAAACGAAUCCUGCCUUGGAACUGGGAAGGCUCAUGGCAUGAGCAUUCUUGUCGAUAGCAAGUCAGGAGAUGAUUUGUGCUUGCUAGUAUCUGGUUUCUUGUUUCUUAGCGCUCUCGUCAAGUUGUCACUUUGUCAGUCGUGUAAAUGGCUUGAUCGCGUGCUACCAGUUAGCUUUACUUGCUUGCGUGCACUUGAUAAUAAAUUGCUCAGGGUUCAUUUGUGCUAAA